CAAAAAGCUUCUUCCUUAUGAUUGGUGUACUUACUAAUAAAAUAUAUACCAAUCUUCCGAUUCAUAUAAAGUCAUGCAAGUGUGCUUAUUCCUUCACGAACACCAUCAAUAUUGUGUCAUCCAAGUAUAUCAAGGAUCUCUCUUCUGAAUUAAGCUUCUAUUUUCUUGAAGCUCAAGUGAUAAAUUUCUGUGGCAUGUUGCUAUAUAUCUAUGCAUGCCAUAAUAACCACAGAUCAUUCAGGGCAAACCACGAAAAAAAAAAAAGGAAAAAAAAAGAAAAGAAUAGCCACAUAUCUUCAUUUCGACUAGCAGCACUUUGAACUUACAUGGCCCAAAUGUAUGAACCUGUAGAUUCCGCGGAGAAGAGACUCCGAAAAUUCAGGGAAGUAGCAGCAGCAGCAGAAGAAGCAAGGUCAUCUCGGUAUCAAAAUAUUAAUGCCCAACCAAAGAUCCAAAGGGUUCCCGUCAUGUUCCGAGAAGAUCACAAAUAUCAAAGAUACUACGAGCCAAGGGUAACUGCCAUCGGUCCUUUCCACCAUGACAAAUUCCAAUGGUGCCAGCAGGGAGAGAAACUCAAGCUUCAAUUAGCUGUAAAUUUUGUCAGAGACAGUAAGCAGAAUGAAGCAGAUUUGCUCAAGAAGGUUGACGUGAACAUCAAGGAACUAAGGGAGUGCUAUGCCCAGGAACCAACAGGGCGCUAUGUCGACGAUGACCUCGCGUUGAUGUUGUUCGUUGAUGGGUGUUCGACGCUGGAAUUCAUAUACAAAUAUGAUGACUUAGAAUGUUUUGAGAUCAAGAGCGACCAGGUGGCCUUAGCAGAACAGGACAUUUUCUUGCUCGAGAACCAACUUCCUUAUCAACUCCUCAAGCUGUUGAUGAGCUCAAGCAGCAUACAUGAGGACUUGGAAGACUCAAUCGAGAGGUUUGUUCUGAUGCACAGUACUUUUGCACCAUAUCAGCCACAACGGGUAGCAGGAGCAGCACGUCGUGAAGACGUAAGAAUUAGCACAGAACCAGAGCCAACUCAUCUUCUUGAGCUUCUUCGGACACGAAUACUAGGAUAUCCACCUAAAAAAAGUGAGCCAAGUGUCAACAUUCGUCCGCAAUCUUUUCACAAUGUACAAGAGCUUCAAGCAGCUGGGAUCCAGUUUAGGCCGGUAAGGGGACCAAGCGUAUUGGGCGACAUAUAUUUUAAGAGCUUUCUAUGGCUUGGGUUCCUUUAUCUUCCCAAAAUAAAAGUAGACGACUCGAUGGCGCAUAAGUUCAUGAACUUGAUAGCCUACGAAAUGUGUCCCGAUUUCCAGAACGAUUUCGGGGUCACCUCUUACAUAGGCUUCCUCGACUCGCUCAUCAAUUAUGCGGAUGAUGUGAAGCAUCUGAGGAAAAACCACAUACUUCGAAACUUACUUGGGAGCGACGAGGAGGUGGCUCGACUCUUCAAUGAGAUAGGCACUGACUUGGUGCCUAACAAUGCAAUUUACCGCAAUGUUAAACGCAUGAUAGAAGAUCACUACCAGACCAGGUGGAAGAAAUGGAUGGCUCAAUUCUUUUACGACCAUUUCAGCAAGCCCUGGAUUUUGGCUUUCAUUGGUGUUCUCUCAGGGCUUGGGCUGAGCGCUGUUCAGACGUGGUACUCCGCCAAUUCUGAUAAGUCUUCAACUCCAUGCAAGGCCUUACUUGAGUACCUGAAAGCGCGCGGGUACUAAAAGGACUACGUACUUUGGCUAAAGCAUAGUCUGGCAGCAUGAUGUGCCUUUUUCAGGUACUAAAAAUACAUUUGCUGCUUUGCAGUUUGUGCGCUGCAUGGUUCUGUACGUCCAUACUACUUCUUCUGGAGGUUUUUCACAAGUCAUAGCUUCUCAAAGGUCCUCUCUCCAUUUGGUAAUUUACAGUCAACAGAUGUGGCUAAAAUAAGGCAAGUUGAACAUAUGUGUGCUUUUUUUCUUAAUUUGGUGGAACUUUUUGUUUGAUUUUAGUUGAAGUUUGUGUGUAACAUGCUUAUUGUAAGUUGUCAUUUGAUAAUCGAUGUGAUUCUCGGAAUAAAUAAACAAUUUGUGAUC